ACAGUUCUAUGACAUCAUAAUGCACAACGUUAUCUUGUGGGAAUUUAAGUUUUGUUGGCUAUUUCGGUGUGGUUUUGAAAGACUCUUCCCAAGCUAAGCGAGCUAACUCUUGCUUGUCGUCAAGGGUACUUCCCAGAUCGACAUGUCGUCCGAAGAGGUCAAGGACGAUUUGGAGGUUCCUAGCGAGUCCAUUAUGGACCUCCGUGGCAAAAUCGACAACCUCCGAGAAGUAAACCUUGACCUGAACGCUAACCUAGAAAAGCGUCGAAAUGGGUUGAAGGAAGCUGGGAACAAGAUACAACAGAUGUCUAGCAAUAUGCAUCAGUUCCAAAUGACCUUGGCGGCCAUAGACACACACGUGCAAGACAACAGAAGUCGGAUGCUUGACCUUGACCGCAUGAAUGAAGAACUACAGCGAGAAAAGAAUGACAUCAACACAGAACUACGCUUCCUGUCGUCCAAGGACGCAUGGGCAGAACUUGCUUCGAGUCGGCAACAAUGGGACGAGGAGGAUUUGGCGACAGAGAAACGUCUCACUGAUUGGGCGCGAAGUGACCUCUUCGCAAAGCUGGACGAUCUUGACAGGGCGAAGAGGCGAUACUCUGACAAAGUGGCGGACACUAAAAAGCAGUGGGAGAUGUAUAAAGACGAAGCAUGGAAGGGUCAGAUGGAGACCAAGGCCUACCUUGACGAUAUUGAUGGAGUCAACGACCAGAUAGUCUCGCGGUUCAAAAGUCUCCUAAAAUAUGGUGGACAAGGUUUAGGUGACACAGAGAGGGAGAGUAUCACUGACACCAUCAGGGCCAUAGGAAUAGAAUCCGAACUCCGCGCAGAAUCCGAGAAGUGUCUAGAUACUCAGAUGUUCAGUUUGGACAUUGAAGAGGAAAUCGAGCAACUACUAAGACACCGGGAACAAAUGUGGGAACAGAACGCCUCAUUAAUGGAUGAAAUAUGUAGCCUGCAGUCUCAGAACCAAGGGGAGACAAUCAUACCUCUGAAACAUUCAAACAAACACAUUGAUCUCCCUAACAGGGACGUAGAUCACCAGAGACGUCAUAGCGAGGCCGAGGACAGCGAAGGGCAGGAGGCGGAACACAUUGGAGGAGGGAUUUCACUUCACAAGUGUGUGAAGCUAACUGACCUAUCCCGCCUGUACAAGGAGCCAGAGAAAUUACAGCCAGCCAUGGGUGAGAUUUUCACAGCUCAGGACGCACAGUUGGACGCCGAGGAGGACCAGUUGGAUAUGGAUUCUGCUACUGGUGGGCAUGACGAACCUCCCCCGCCACAGGAGGAGGAUUCUGAGAAUGAGGAAGAUGAACCAGAACCUGACGAGAGCCCUGAGCAGUCGCAACAGUCACCUGUCGCUCGUGGACAUCACCACCACAUGGAAAAUACAUGUAUGUCUGACCUAAUGGUGUCUAAGAUUCGAGGAAGGACGCUGGGAUCCAACGUCCAGACAGCCCACAAGGACGCCGAGACUGUUACAGGACACAGCCUGGCAACAACACGUAGACCUUCCGCCUUCUCCUUCACUCCCGUACAGAGGAGCAGUCGCUCUAAACGUUAGGGCAUGCCGCACCAAAGAUUGCACUUAGCAAAAAAGAAAUUGUGAUUUCUUAAAUUACUGACCAUACUGUCGUACGUGUACGUGAACGCAUAAACAAGUUCAACGUAAGGAACUGUUUUCUGAUGAAAUUACACGAUAUUUUUGGGGAAUUACGUAUUAAAAUAUCAACGGUCUACCAACUGUCCCAAAGCGUGUAGGAGCCAAUACAAGUUCACUGUUGUUGUCGGUUAUUAAAUCUAUAGCCUCUUAGGCGGACACUGCUGGUUGCUUAUCUGUCACUUUGAAAUUCAUUCUAACAGUGACACAGUCCUUAAUUACGUUUGUUUGAAAUCCAAUUUUAAACAUUAUGAAAUUUAUUGAAAUUAUUAAUUAUGAGUAUGCAAAUCUAUUUCAUCUGUACACAGAUAUCUAAGAUGUAACUUA